ACACUGUGACUGUGGUGUGUGGAACUUUCGGCUACGAGAUUGAGGAUAGCCAACCAGAACACACAGCCAUCGGAACGAGAAUCGCAGCCAUCUCUGUGGUGCUCUAUCGUUGAAGAGGAAAAUCUGGAGAGCUCCUAUCGAAUUCAACGAAUUUCCUGUUCCGGUCAGUGUUAUACCGUUCGGUAGUUGUUCCGGGGCCAGUAUUUUCAUCGAGAUGAUACUGGUGAACUGCGUGUGACCCCGAAAAUCAAUGUUCAUGGUGAAGAUUUUCUCCUGUAUAAAUUGUGAAUAGAUUUUUCGAUGUGAAACAUUAGUAUUUUUUCCUUAGUUUUACUUUCCCGGAGUGUUUGUUCUUUUCAAUCUUAUCGUCAAUGGUUCGUGGUUUAUGUUUGCAGUAUUUAUCCAAGUGUGAGAAUUCGGUUUGAUGAAAGCAUGGUAGCAUUUUUCUUUUACAAAAAUGUAAAUCACCGAUAGAAAGUGUGAACGAGGAAAAGCAAUCUAAAGGCUAGCGAAAAAAGAGUGCGACGCAUGCACCGCAUAGGGAAAGAAGAAAAAGUGGUAUCCAGUGGUAGUUUGUGUUAGUGAGUUGAAAAAUUGCAUCCAGUAUUUAACAACUGAAACGGAUCGUUAGCGAAUGUUGGAUCGAAAUAAGCUGAAGGAUUAGUAACUGCUAUUGUGGACCAUUGAUAAGGUCAAGUUAAAAUCAGGGACAGGCUGUCGAAAAAUUCUCCAAUUGAUUGCUGGAGAACUGUCAUCAACAGCGCACGCACACACCGACAACGGCAGUGAGAUUCUUAUUUGAUUGAUUUUUGCUGCUGCGAGUCUGUUUCUUCUUCGUUCUGCCUUUGCCAACUGGCUGGCUGCCACAUUCCGGUUCUCCAUGCUUGGAUAUUCCCGAGCUUCAGGACUAGCCAACAGCAGCAAAGGCGUCAGAGGGCAGUGAGCAUGCAGAAGGGGCAAUUGGCGAACGAGCGUGCCUGCGUGUUGCUGUAAGACGGGUUCGUCUUUCGACUCAUGAUCGUUCAUUAAUCACUGGAUUGUGUCAGCUGGCCACGUCACUAACAACCUAUCCAGUUGAGUAAUCAUCUGCAUUCAAAGUUGCGAAAAGUUGUGUUUGAAAAAUCAUUUUGUUUGCGCCUGUUGUUUGGAUUCGGUUUAUUGGCCCUGCAGAAGUUUUGACUCACUUGAGUUAGUGUCCCCUAGUACUAACACCGCGUGGUUAAGUGAAGGUGUCUCUAUUCGUUGUGUCCGGAAGAAAAGCAAGAGCUAAAGAUAAAGACGAGCGUGAAAAAGCCAUCUGAGUGCUAUACUGUAAUUAUCGCUGUUUUCAUACAACUCCAAAGAAGAAAAGUUGCCGUGUUUAAGGCAGCUCGGUUUGGCCUAAUCGUCGACCGGUGAGACAGUGGCACGGUAAGGAUUGACCUUUCGAUAACGGUCCAUCUGCUACAGCCAGCAGUGAUAGCAAAAGCAGCAGGAGAAUGUCCAGCGAAGAGGACAAGCCGCCGGCACCGCCGGUUCGACUCACCAGCAAUCGUGGUGGCGGCGAUCGGAUCGACAGCACCGCACCAGUUGACAUGAAACCCCUGCCGAAAGAACCGGACGACGUCGAUCGGAAAAAGAAAACGCUCAAAAACAAAAUCAAGGUCUCCAAAGCAUCCCACAAUGACUCGAAACCAAACAUUUCCUAUCCGACCAAUUUCGAGCACACGGUUCACGUAGGAUUUGACGCAAUCACCGGCGAAUUCACGGGUAUGCCGGAGCAAUGGGCGCUCAUGCUGAAGAACUCCAACAUUAGCAAACAGGAACAGAAGAAGAAUCCGCAGGCGGUAUUAGACGUGCUCAACUGGUUCGACAAUAGCAGCAAGCAACGGCCCAGCUCCAAGUAUAUGACCCAUGGUUUGCACACCACAACGCACUCUGCAUCGUCCAUAGGUUCCUCGCUGAGCCGAGUCAGCAGCAGUAGCCCGAGCAGCACACCGACGGACUCGGAAUCGCACGGCCCCGGUGGCGUCAAUCAGGUACACCUCUCCAGUUCCCACUCGCAGGCCUACAGCUUAGGGCCACUGUCGUCGCACCACAACUCGACCGGCGACCACGACAGCGACGAACUCGGAGCCCUCAGCAGCGGUGGUAGCAUCAGUGGCAAUGGCAUCCCGCCGCCGAUCGCCAGCCGACCCGAGAGGACCAAGUCAAUCUACACGAGGCCUAUCGAUGAACCGACGCCGAUCUCACCGCCAAUACCUCCGCAUCUCAGCAGUAACGCGACGACCGGCGUCCGCAGUCCCACGUACGACAAGAACAAGAACUCGACGACGAUUCUCACAUCGACGGUGAACACGAACUCGACGACGGCAGCACAGGCCCAAACGCCGGUCUCCGCCUGCAAUCUAAAUAACGCCAACAAUCAGCCACAGCAAGGUAACGAAGAUAAUACAAUACUAACAGUAGUAACAACAACUAGCAAUAGAACCGACUCACUAAUAACGGAAACGGCCACGACAACGGUCUCUCCGACUACCAUAUCGACUCCAACGAUAACAGCAACUACGACAACAACCCCAACUACUACAUCUACAACAUGUCAUCCAUCCUCACCAACAGCGACACCAACAGGCACAACGACGACCAGCACGACGGCAGUGCCGCCAGCAGGAGGAGGGGUUGGAGUGACCACCACGACACCUACGGCGAACAAUGAGCCCAGCACACAGCAACGCGCUAACCUUAAGAAGAAGAAAAUGUCCGACGAGGAAAUUCUGGAGAAACUGCGAACUAUUGUCAGCGUGGGGGAUCCGAAGCGGAAGUAUAACAAGAUGGAAAAGAUCGGUCAAGGUGCAUCGGGAACCGUGUAUACGGCCAUCGAAAGCUCAACUGGUAUGGAGGUAGCCAUAAAGCAAAUGAACCUCAGCCAGCAGCCCAAGAAGGAGCUGAUCAUCAACGAGAUACUGGUGAUGCGAGAGAACAAACAUCCGAACGUGGUCAACUAUUUGGACAGCUAUCUCGUGUCCGAAGAACUGUGGGUAGUGAUGGAGUAUCUACCGGGAGGCUCGCUGACGGACGUUGUGACAGAGACUUGCAUGGACGAGGGUCAAAUAGCGGCGGUGUGCCGCGAGGUACUGCAGGCACUCGAGUUCUUGCACAGCAAUCAGGUGAUCCAUCGAGACAUCAAAAGUGAUAACAUUCUGCUCGGUUUGGAUGGCAGCGUGAAGCUCACCGAUUUCGGCUUCUGUGCGCAAAUUUCCCCGGAGCAGUCGAAGCGAACGACGAUGGUGGGCACUCCGUAUUGGAUGGCACCGGAGGUGGUCACACGGAAGCAGUACGGACCCAAGGUCGAUCUCUGGUCACUCGGGAUCAUGGCAAUCGAGAUGAUCGAAGGUGAGCCGCCCUACCUGAAUGAAAACCCACUUCGGGCACUUUAUCUUAUUGCCACCCACGGUAAACCGGAAAUCAAGGAAAAAGAGCGACUCAGCCCGGUGUUCCAGGAUUUCCUCGACCAGUGCCUAGAAGUGGACGUCGAUCAGCGCGCCACUGCUUUCGAGCUGCUGCGGCACCCAUUCCUGAAACUUGCCCGGCCACUGGCAAGCCUGACACCGCUGAUUAUGGCAGCUAAGGAAGCAACCAAGGGACACUGAAACGAGGCCAACACCAGCACCAAGGAUGGCGAUCCCGAAGUUAAGGAAGCAGCAAUCGUUUCCUAAAAUUCAAAUCGAGUUGUAUGGAUGUAACGUGUGUAUACGUGUGAUAUGAGCUACUGCAACAGUAUAGAUAUGAGUGGACCCAAGAAGUCAAUACUCUUGUGGAUCGUAAUGUACGCGUAGGGGCAAGUCGCUUAAAGAAUGAAAAGUGUAGAGCGAAUAUUACGAUGAGAACGAGCGCGAGCGAUUAAGUCAACCAAUUUUAGGCAUGUAAGAUAACUAAUGAACUAUUGCAAGUACUAUAUUUAAAACAUGUUACAAUUAAGAAGCAAAGUCUAAGAUAGUUGUUACAACGGAAGUGUGUUCUUCCUAUGCGGAACAAUAACAGAGAGAGCGAGAAAGCAGUGCUAGAGAACUUUUGAAAAGAAAUCGAGGUGGAAUCAAGCGGUGAAAAUCAUAGUAACAUUCAGCAGUGCGGUUAAUUGUGGUGUGAAACAAUUGUGCAGGAAAUGUAAAUAUAGAAUACAGGCGUUAAGGAAUCAGGUAAACAGCAAAACCACCAGUUUUUGCAUUGAGUUUUGGUCAUCCCUCCGGCAUGCGAGGAUGGUCAAGAGACUGAGUACUUGUUAAGGAGCCAGAUAGUGUGUACAGCCAGCCGAGGGGAAGCAAGUUCAAGUACGCUCAAAUACAUACAGCAAAUGGAAGAAAAAAAGUAAAACAAGAAACGCAAUUCAACUUAAUUAAAUAACAAACCAAACAAAAAACGCGAAGUGCCUGCACCAAGUGUAUGUGUCCGCAGAAUAUUAAACUAUAAGCCACAAUCAGCAAGCAAAACAUAGUUUGGAUAAUUUACCCACUGUUUAAAUGUGAGCUUGUUUCAGAGGCAUUGACGAAAAAUUUGCUGUUUUCGUUGUUUGAUUGAGAAACAAAAAAAAAAGUCUAAGUAUUAAUCACUAAUGAACUGAAUCUUCUGCUUUAUGUUAACAGUUUUGCGCUAGUAUCUAGUUACUAUUGCUAACACCGCUACGUACUAACCGAUUGCUUAUCGAUCGUUUUAUUGUGGUAAUAUGCAACAGAUCACAAGUCAAGCCAGGACACAAUACGAUUUACUUCUUUUUACACCUGUUGCAAUACGUUGCAUAAGUUUCGCAUCGUUUUCUAACACGAUAAGCUUCUUGAAAAAAAUCCAAAUAUAUGGAGGCUUAUUUAGCUUAACUCAUCGUUAGUCCCGUUAUGAAUUUUUAAACUGAAUUCAGGCUAAUCCUCGUUUUCACCUCAACUAAAACUUCGUUGUUCAGAAAUACUCAUGCAUGAGUUUCUAGUUUUAUUCAUACUGCAUUUACAAAUAUUCGUAGAAUUAAUCAAAUAAGGCAGCCAAAAAAAAAAAAUUAAAUCUGAAGCCCACAAAACUGCACGUGAACAGAUAUUGCGCUGUCCUCAAUGAAACUUUUAACCAUAGCAUUUACUUGUGCUCUCCAGUUAAUUUAUAGUAUGAGUUGCACAGAAAUUAAAGAGGAAUCGUUUGCCUGGGAAAUCACUGAAAAGCCAUAGCCAAACUGAAAAAAUAAUAAAAUUGCAUAUUUACAUCUAACAAAGUGUUUAACAUGUGUCCCCGGAAAAUUUAUUUUUCAGACCGGCUCUUAGCGGCUCUAAAAAUUAUCAACCAAUUGCUUGCUUGGUUACCUGAUGUAAGAAACAUAAUUUUUGAGCUAAAAUCUACCUAAGGUGCUUGUCUCCCAGUCAUUGGCAAAUAGCAAAUCCCUCAAUUCCAACACGGUGCGCCAAUAAGUCAAUAAAUUGAUAGUCGUUAUAAAUCGUGGUAUUCUAAAAAUGAAGUCUGCAGGAUGACGAAUGCAGAGGUUAAUCAGUUUAGUUUCUAGUUUUAUGGUUAAAUUCGUACAACUUAUCUGCUACUAGCUAGAGCAAGUUUUCUUUUUCUAUCUCUCAGUGAACGAAUUGAAAAUUACGCAAAAAAUCGCGUCAUUCGAUGCCAACAUUGGUACCUGGCGCCGAGUGAAUCGAGAGCCUAACAAGCCGUCACAGAUCAUCAAAGCGGCAUAUCUACGAGGUUGAGUGGUACGCAACAGUACGGUACAGCGGAUAAGCAAACAUCAGAGCGGAUUAAUUCUACAUCUACCAAAAUCAGCGCCUAAAUCUAAAUCUAAUCAAUGAUUGCAAUUUAUUAACAUUCUGUAUUUAUGGUACAUACACGCAUGCGUAAUAUAAUUAGUGACAGGAAGCAGAGAAGUAAAAAUGUAAACUUUAAACAAAUUUAACAAGCUACCGACGCAAAACCAAUUCGCACUCGUAAACUGCGAUGAACCGAGAAAGUAUAUACCUAUAUAUACAUAUUAGGAAAUAGUGUGAAAUGCUAAAUAUAUAUAUAUAUGUAUAAUCUGCAGACUUACCAGUAAAAAAAAGAGAGAGAAAAAAUAUCUUAAGUAAAAAGGUAAGUGUACUAUUGGGUUUAGUUUGACAACACUUAUUGUAAUUAUAAAUUAUAUGCAAAUUGAAAACAGAAAAAUCUACAAUAACUCAAACCAUGUAUCAAACACACGUUUAGAAUGAAAAAAAGUAAUGAAAUUUAGAGAAGAAACUAAACGAGAAGCUUUUUAUAAAAUAAUC